AUGGAAAAUAAAAAAAUCGCACUGGCAACAAUUAACGAUAUCGAAACGGACAAAAAUGUAGACGCGCUAAGUAUGAUCACAAAAAUCGACCUCAAAUUAACGAAUGGGAAAAAUGGCAAUUCCACAAAAAUAAAAAAUAUCAACUUUGAGGACUCACUAAGAAUGAAUGACGAACAAAUAAAAGUAAAGGAAGCUGUCUUCAUCCUACACAAUAUGGAAAAUUUCAAUUAUUCAAUUAGUUACACCGAAGUUCAAGACAUAAGAAAUGAUUUAAGACUGUUUGCCAUUAACAACUAUCAUGAGAAGAAGUACACAGAUUGUUUGAUACAAUCUAUUCACUCAUACAUGAUAGCAAAAAAAUAUUAUUCGAAGUAUUUUGGCUUCUACAUCACGGGAGACAUGAGCACAGAGUUAAUUUUAAUUUGCAAGUGCUACGUAUUAGUGGAAAAAUUUACCGAAGGAAAAAAAUAUUUACAUGAAUUAAAAUUUUUAAUUGAUAAUACCCUCUUUUAUAUACACAAUAAGGGGAUCCUUGAUGACGACCAACAGAAGAAGGUAGAACAGGUCAACAAUACGACUAGGGUCAAAAAUUUAGAUUCAAACUAUGAAGAACCAGUCAUUCUCUGUGGAACUGAAGUUUUGUCAAACAUACUCUACAUGUUUGCAGAUCUAUUAAGUUUAUAUAAACAAAAUGAAGAAGCUGAAAGCUACUACUUGAAAUAUCUCUUUAUGGUAGAAAAAUGUUUCAAGGCGGAGAGUCUAAAUUAUAGUGAUGCGCUAAAUGAUGUUUGCUCCUACUAUAUAAAAAUUAGGGAUUACUCUAAAGCUUUACCACUUUGUGAACAGAUUCUCGACAUUAGAAAAAAAUUCUUCGGUGAUUACAAUUCCGAAAACCCAAAUGAAGUAAUUGCUGACUGUUAUUGCAACUGGGGCCUGCUGCUUCGAUUAUCAGGAAGCACCAUGGAAUCCUUACACAAGUACCUAAUCGCAGUUGAUAUGAGAAUGAGAAUCCAUAAAACAAGACAAACUAUCCAAGUGCAGGACAUUCUACUUUCCUUUGGCAUCCUCAUGCAACAACUAAACAACUUUAGCAUGUCCCUACAGCUGUACAAGGAAGUUUAUUCCUUUUACAAAAGUUACUACGGCCCAGAUGAUAUGAACACGAAAGUAGUCUUCAAAUUAAUUGAAGAAUUAGAAAAGGAUAUCAUGAAACAAAACACCAAGGCCAAAAAACAAGGCACCAGCCACUAUGUGCAAAAUUGCUUGGCAAGCACGAGUAACAAACUCAGUAGAGAAAAUAAAGUGGAAAAACAGUGGAAGGGCUUUAACACCAAAUUGCACAAUAUGUCCAAAAAGUCAGACGUGGACCCAAACCUCAUUGAGGAUCUAAUCAAUGAACAAGUUUUAAUCAACACGAGAAACAUGCCCUCUAAAAAUUUAAAUAAUAAAAAAACUUUUAUAUCAAUGGAAGGAAAAUUAAAAUAUAAUGAUUUAAACUACUCGAGUAUUGAUGCAUAUAAACACAUGCAAUCAAAUAAACAAUUCGAAAUUUUUAAGAGCUCAUUUUUUACUAUUUCUUCCAUUAACAGAAUUAAAUCUUUAUAUGCUGACUCAUGGAAAAGUACCCUAAUUCCGUCUACUUACAUAUUACCAUUUGUUGAAACCAAAUUAGUUGACAAUAAUUUGGUGAAAUAUGCCCAGUGCAAGGAUUUUCAAAAUGCUAUUAUUUACAAGAGAAAAAUUCUACCCAUAGUUAAUAUACCCCUAAUCGAAAGAGGAUACGUCAAAUUGGAAAACGAUGAACCGAUUAUGAUUUGCAACGAUGAUGCCAAGGUUCUACUUAGCGAAUGGAACAUUAAAGAACCAUUUGUAGAUUCCAAGGGAAAAGUAAUUAGCAAAUAUGAAGGACUAGACAACGAAUUUAAUAUGUUCAUACCCAUUUUAGAUGAAAAUAAUGAAGUUAUGCUUGGUUUUUACAACAACCCUUUGCUUGUGCCAAACCCUGCCAUACAUCAUUGCCUUAUUUUGGGAGACCCAUACUAUUUUCACAGAUACAAUCAAGUUAAUAAUUUGUACUCCUUCGAUAAUUUAAACAUGUUAAAUAAGAAACUUUUCAACAAAAAAUUCUUUGGAUCCGCUAAGAAAAGUCGUGUCAACUUUAAUGCAAAUAAUAACAAUUUACAUGAUUCUACGAAAUAUGAGAAAAUAAGAAUUGGGACCAUGGAACCCAUGGCAUCCAAGGCCAGAAAUAGCUCUUUCCGAGUUGCCCGGAAAAAAAGCAUGGGAGAAGAAAGCAGCACAAAUGGAGAAGCCAUGAAUACAGGGGGAGACGAUAAGCCGGAUGAAAUGCUGCACAGAAGCAUUUCCAAGUAUCACGUGAACGGAAAAAAAUUAGUAAACGAAAACUCGGGAGCGAAAUCGAGGAAGGAUGAACCAGACGGGGAAUCAUGGAAGGAGGACAAAAAAGGGGAAACAGGCGAACAAAUGAGUGAACUACAAAAAGACGAUAUGGACGACAAAAAUGAUUCAAGAACAGAAUCACUCAGGCAUUCGCGCAGGGAAACCCUGAGCCAGACGCAGGACCAACCAAGGAGCAGUGCCCAAAGCGAACUUGAUGAACUGAACAAACUCAUGAAGAAAAUGAUGUCUAAAGAGGAAAGACAAGUCAAAAAAACAUCAUACAUAUUUGGUCAUCAUAAAGAAAUACCAAAAAAAAAAGUACCAAUUAAGAAAGUGCACAUUCUAAAAAGCAAAAAUAAUAAGUCCUCCACCGCAUUUUCAAAAGAAAAGUAUGCAUUAAAGAAUACUGGAAAAUUGAGCAAUUUAUUUUCAAGGCCUACAGAAAAAAUAAAGCUAAUUGGGUAUAGCAAUUCGAACCAACAAGAUAAGUUAGAAAAAACGUUAAGACAAAUUAGAUUAAAUAAGGAACCCAUCCUGAAGGCAUCCAUUGAUCAUAAUAUCAGAAUGGAGCUUCAAAGUAACAUGAACAGCAUGGAACAACACGACAUAGACAAUUUGAGGAGAGAAAUAUAUUAUGAUAAUGAACAGUUUAAUAGUCACAGCAAUUCGGAUUAUUCCUCGUCAGGCAAUGACAGCGAAAGACUGUCAAACUAUAGGGAAUAUCAAAAAUACAAAAGGAAGGAAAGAAAAUCCUCAACCAAGCUUUCUAGGGAAAGUACUAGUAUUGGCGCAGAGAGCAACAACUCUCUUAACGAAAGUGACGAUCAUUUGGAAAGUUCCAGUGAUUUCACCCGAGGUAGUAGUAACCAAAGUUGCAGCCACAGAAAGAGGAGUCAUUACCGUAGGACAUUGUACAUGCAGGAUUGCGAAAAUGAUGACCAUGAAGACAUUAUCAAUAUAUGUAAAAUUCUUGAUGUUAACCAGUCAUACGAAAGUUCAAGUAAGUACUCUAAUACGAAUUCGAUAACAGGUAAAAGAGAAAGUCAGGAACAAAGCACAUCAGGUUAUGGAAACAACUAUAAGAAUAAUAGAUCGGGACAACGAAACGACAGAAGUCAUAGCCCCUUCAUAUCUGAGAAGAACGACGAUAGUGAAUUGUUCUCCUCUAACCGCAGCGACAAGUCGAAUGGACACACAAUACAGGAAAAUGAUGGUAAAAGAAGAAGUGCAAAUUUGGAUGACGAUCCAAGCGAAGCGACAAACAUCCUCAGUAAAAACAAUGCAUUCCACAACAAAGACAAAAUAAACGACUUAAAAAAUGUAAACAACAGUGACAUUUUGUUUAAAUUUAGAUUUAAUCACGAAGGUUCAUUAAGUAACGAAAAUUUAUUUUCCGAUAGCGACAUAAGUGAGAGAGAACUAUAUGAAAAUCCAUAUGGAAGUGUACAGGGCACCGCUACCAAGUGGAAAUCGAAUGGCAGUGAACCUACGGAAAAUGAACACUCUUCAGAAUAUACAUCUUUCAAUAAGAAAAACAAACACGUAGGAAGCGCAACGAACGAUGAGGAUAAUAAAAUAAACACACACAUUGAGCAGGGAAAUUUAUGUGUCAAUAAUGACAACAGGGGAUUCCUUAAAAAUAACGAAUAUAGUGGAGAAAACAGAACGGCAGAAGAAAUUGUCCUCAGUGAGAACGAAGAAUUUUAUGAGCAAAUAUUUUUCAAAGAGGAACAGAUAGAUGCAGAAGAUACAGGCAUUACAGAUAGGUCUGAUACUGAAAAGAGUGAUCAUAUGACAUACAUGAAUGGUGAAGACCAUUCAAAUGUGGGUUACGAAAACGCUUACUUUAGGAAAAUUUAUCAGGAUCACCAAACAUACCAGCAAGAUGAAGAAACAUCUUCAGAGUUACAAAAAAACGAACUAGUUGGUAUGGAUAAAGAAAGCUUCACAGAUAAUUUAUACUUGAGAAGUAACUCCAUAGAAGAACUAGAUUAUAAUUUGAUUACCCAAAAGUACAUAAGCAAUAAUACAGAAAAGGAACCCUCAAAGGAGGAGUCCUUAGACGCAAGGAGUAACAUCCCAACUAAUGUGUUAAAUCACGAAAUGGAUAACACACCCAGCAACAAGUCGUACAAAAAACGAAAGGCGAAAAAAUUGUUAUCAAAUAAUAAACACUUGCUUGAGAAUGAAGCAGAUAUAUCGUUAAGCAAUUACCAUGAUGCGUAUUCAAGCAACAAUGACAGUGUAAAUAUAGUGUAUUACGUCCCGCAUGAUCAUAACGACCACACUAAAAGGGAAAAUACGAAUGACAACCAUGCUAUAGGAACAGAAUUAUGCUCCAAUUUCUCCAAUAGCACUCUACACAGCAUACAUGCUGUGCACAGUGAUAAUAAUGUCACCAAAGAAUGUGACAUAAAUUAUGAUUACUCAUUUUAUUCAAGCGUAGGAAGCGAUAAUAAUGCCAAUAUCAUGAAGGGAAAGAAAAAAAAAACGGCAAACUUGUUACACCCCAUUAAAGGAACAAAAUUUUCUAUGUUGCUUUCAUUUUUCUCAAAAAAGAAGAAAAAAAAGAAAUUCGCAAAAUCGAGUACGUCCAGUGGUGAACCCGCCCCCAGCGAACAUUGCCCAGUGAAUGAAGAAGAUAAAGUUACGCUUUUCCCAAGCAACCCCGUCACUGAUAUAUCAAUAUACAAAAAAAACGAGAAGGAUGUCCAUGUAAGAAAUAAUUCCAACGUAAGGAACACAAAGAAAAAACACUUUUUUGUGUCAGAACCGCUACACGGUAUGGACAAACCGAAAUUCACCAUCAAACCGAAGGGAUUGGGGUUAAAAAAAAUGUUACUGCUGAAAAAGGGAAUUUUUAGCAAGAAAAAUGCCAUUGAGAAGAAGGAAUCGCUGUCCAAGGACAACGAGGUGGGCUCGUUGGAUGAAAAGGGGAAUACAACCCUAGUUAAUGAGUCACCCAAAGGAGAUGCAGGCAGUGGUGAAGAGGGUAAUGCGUCUGAAACGUUCAAAUCGUCUGGAGCCUUCAAAGCCCCUGAACCAUCUGGACAAGCAAACAUUGAGGAAAAAGGGACCGAAGAAGCGAACGUCAAAGAAGACACCACCAAAGAAACAGAAAACAACGACAUAACUGUGACUAAACAAAGCUCAAAAGAAAACACUAAUGAUGACGAACCAAAAGAAAAAAACAACGAAGCGUCUGAAAAGGUAGAAAAUAAAUUCCCGAAGAAAAUCAACCCGCUAAAUGUUCCCAAAAAAAUAAUGGUAAAUAAAAUAGUGCCAAAACUUGUCGUAAAUAAACCAAUUAUUGUAAAAGACAACAGUACCAUCAAAAAAAGCGUGAGCAUUAAGUAUGAAGUAAAAACAGUGAAAAAGAUAAAUGACAAGCUAGCAUUCGAUGUUUUGAGAAAAGUAAAAUAUUGCAAGAUUGGAUUUGAACCAGAUGAGACCUUAGGAACCCUCCCCACAGUUCAUUUACUAAAUGAAGAUAAAAUUCUUCUAGCUAUCGUCCCCUGGCAACUGGACCUAUCUUCGUUUUCGUUAGCAAAAUCAUCAGUCGAAGAAGAAACUAUCAAAAAAAUAGGAUUAAUGCAUAAAAAAUUCGACCUAUCCAUUGAAGAAAGGAAAAAUCAAGUAUUAAAUGAGAAUCGCCUGUUAACAGGAGAAGGGCUAAAGGAACUCGGUUUCACUUCUACACCAACUAGUAAACCUGCGGUGCAUAGCAUAAAUCUCCUCGAGGGAAUAGAUAUGAAUGUUCUAAAAAAUGCCUACAAAAUAGAGAAAAAAAGUGAACCAAAGGAAAAACCACCCACGUUGAAAAAGGAAGCACCCAAAAUGGCGCCUAAAGAAAAAGGAGGCAAAAAAGGAGGACCCAAAUUUAUGAAGGGACCGCCAAAAGGCGUGAAAGGGGGACCUGUUAUAGGAAAGGGAAAAGGUAAAAUAUCCAUAAUGAAGCAAGCAAAGGAUGAAGGAAAAACAAAGAGAUUUUUCUGGGAAGCCUUAUUCGAAGAUGACAUUCCAGGAACGUUAUUUGAAGACAAAAAAGAAUUAAUAUCCAAGAUAGCCAUUGAAAAAGAAAGUGUAGAAAAAUCAUUUGCCAAAGCUGUUAGUAAAAAGGAAGAAGGAGGAGAACUCAAAAUUAAAAAACCAAAAGUUAUUCAACUAUUGCCUGAUUCGAAGCGAGAAUACAAUAUGUCCAUUGCCCUAUCCAAAUUUAAUAAUUACACAUUCAAAGAAAUAAGGGAUGCUAUCAUGGAUCUAAAUCCAACAAUACUUAACAUAGACAACACAGAAGUUUUAAUGCAGUAUGUACCAACUCCAGAAGAAUUCGAAAUCGUUAAGGAGUACAUACUCUCAAAUGGUGACUUAAACCUAGUUGACAAGCCAGAACAGUAUGUUGCAGCACUUAUGGGAGUGCCACUACUAAAGCAGAGACUGGAGUCCCAUUACUUCGCUCUAUCCUUUAAAGAACAUUACGAAAAUACAUUAACUCCCCUGGAAAAUAUACUAGAAGCAUGCGAAGCGGUAAAAAAUUCUACAAAACUGUUCACUAUUCUGUUUACCAUAUUAAAUGUAGGUAACACAUUAAACUAUGGAGAUCCUCAAAGGGGAAAUGCCUUUGGCUUUAAAUUAACAACCUUGGCUAAGCUAAAUGAUAUACGAUCAACUACCAAGCCCGUUAAAACUCUUCUUCAAUAUAUUUGCGAAAUUAUCUAUCACAAGAGUGCAGACACUUUAGAAAUUAUUGAAGACUUGAGGUCCAUAGAAAAGGUUACCAAAACGGACAAACAAAUAAUCGAUUCUGUUUUGCAGAAACUAAAAAUGGGAUCUAAUAAAAUUAAAAAUGUGUUAGAUCUGGCUAAAAAGAAUCCAGAUGAUCCAUUAUAUGAAGCACUCAAGGAAUUUUACUUUAGUGUAGAACCAAAAAUUGAAGAGUUAGAUACUUUUUACAAUCAAACCCUUGCUGUGUUCAAAGAAAUUGCUCUCUACUUGGGCUAUAAAGAAAAAGAAGUUGGCAACAUACAAGUACAAGAUUUUUUUAAAGAAUUGUGGAAGUUCAUACAGUCAAUUGAAUUUAACAGAAAAACUAUUAACGAGACAACUCUCAAGGAGCUCAAGAAAAAAGAAAAGGAAUUAGAAAAUGUCAAGAAGGGUGCUGUCCUCAGUAAAAAACAAAAUUUCACCAUCGUUAAGAAGCAAGAGAAGGAGCCAAAAACACACCUAGAAAAAAAAACAUUCAAGAUAUUUUAA